AUGGGGCUGCUCAUCGGGGAGACACUGGGGCGCCUGGCCAUAGCUGUGGCCAUCUUCCUUUUCCUGGUGGACCUGAUGCAUCGGCAACAACACUGGGCCACACGCUACCCAGCAGGCCCCAUGCCCCUGCCUGGGCUGGGCAACCUGCUGCAGGUGGAUUUCCAGGACCCCCGUUGCUGCUUUACUCGGCUGCUGCGCCGCUUCGGGGACGUGUUCAGCCUGCAGCUGGGCUGGACGCCAGUGGUCGUGCUCAACGGGCUGGCGGCCAUGCGGGAGGCGCUGGUGGACCACGGGGAGGACACCUCUGACCGCCCACCUGUCCCCUUCAUCGAGCACCUGGGCUUUGGGCCACGCUCCGAAGGGUUGGUCAUGGCCCGCUAUGGGCAGUCGUGGCGAGAGCAGAGGCGCUUCUCCGUGUCCACCUUGCGCAACUUCGGCCUGGGCAAGAAGUCACUGGAGCAGUGGGUGACUGAGGAGGCCUCGUACCUCUGUACCGCCUUCACAGACCAGGCCGGACGCCCCUUUAGCCCCAACGCCCUGCUGAAUAAAGCAGUGAGCAAUGUGAUUGCCUCCCUCACCUUCGGGCGCCGCUUCGAGUACAACGACCUGCGCUUCCUCAAGCUAUUGGACCUAACAGAGGACUUACUGAAGGAGGAGAGCGGCUUCGUGCCCGAGGUGCUGAACGCGAUUCUGGUGCUCCUGCACAUCCCGGGUGUAGUCUCCAAGGCCUUUCCAGGGCAUAGGACCUUCCUGGCACUGAUGGAUGAACUGAUUGCUGAGCACAGGAUGACCCGGGACCCGGCCCAGCCACCCCGCGACUUCACUGACGCCUUCCUGGACGAGGUGGAGAAGGUCAAGGGGAACCCCGAGACCAGCUUCAAUGAUGAGAACCUCUGCCUGGUGUUGGCUGAUUUGUUCCCUGCCGGGAUGGUGACCACCUCAACCACGUUGGCCUGGGCCCUCCUGCUCAUGAUCCUGCACCAGGACGUGCAGCGCCGUGUCCAACAGGAGAUCGAUGAGGUGAUAGGGCAGGCGUGGCGACCAGAGAUGGGGGACCAGGCCCACAUGCCCUUCACCAUGGCUGUGGUCCAUGAGGUGCAACGCUUUGGGAACAUCAUCCCACUGGGUGCACCCCACAUGACAUCCCAUGACAUUGAAGUGCAGAGCUUCCUCAUCCCCAAGGGGACAAUGCUCAUCACCAACCUGUCCUCGGUGCUGAAGGACGAGACCGUCUGGAAGAAGCCCUUCCGCUUCCACCCCGAGCACUUCCUGGACGCCCAGGGCCGCUUCGUCAAGCAGGAGGCCUUCAUGCCCUUCUCAGCAGGCCGCCGCUCAUGCCUCGGGGAGCCCCUGGCCCGCAUGGAGCUCUUCCUCUUCUUCACCUGCCUCCUGCAGCUCUUCAGCUUCUCGGUGCCUGCUGGGCAGCCCUGCCCCAGUGAUCAUGGUGUCUUUGGUUUCCUGGUGACCCCUUCCCCCUACCAGCUCUGUGCUGUGCCCCGCUAGAGGGGCAGCACCUA